AUGGAUCGCAGCGGAACGGGCCACGGGCUGCCGCCAGCUAAACGGCAGAGGACCAGUCACUUCCAAAAAGACAAAACCCAAGCAUUCAAUGACUGGGACAGGGAUCGCUUGCGGAAGUCAGGUCUUGCGCAGGACACAGAAACUACGGGUGUCUCGAUGUUCGAUGAUGAAGAGGAUACUCGAGUUUAUCUGGAUGUCCACGACCUUCGACCGCCGUUCCUCGAUGGUCGCACCAUCUUCACUACACAGUUGGAUCCGAUCUCCGCCAUUCGAGAUCCACAGAGUGACAUGGCUGUCUUCAGCCGAAAGGGAAGCAAGGUGGUACGAGAACGCCGGCAGCAGCGGGAGCGGCAGAAGCAGGCGCAGGAUGCGACGACAAUGGCAGGCACCGCGUUGGGGAAUCUGAUGGGUGUUACGGAGGAGGAGGAAGGUGAUAGCGCUGUGGCUGCGCCAGUCGAGGAGGUUUACAAGCGGGGGGGAAACAAGUUUGCACAACACCUCAAGAAAGACGAGGGCGGUGCCAGCUCGUUCAGCAAAACCAAAUCUUUGCGGGAACAGAGAGAGUAUCUUCCUGCCUUUGCGGUCCGAGAAGAUCUGCUGCGAGUGAUUCGGGACAAUCAGGUUGUUGUGGUUGUUGGUGAAACAGGCUCUGGGAAAACAACCCAAUUGACUCAGUUUCUCCACGAAGACGGUUACUCGAAACUCGGCAUGAUCGGGUGCACGCAGCCUCGUCGCGUGGCAGCCAUGAGUGUUGCAAAACGUGUCAGUGAAGAGAUGGAGGUAGAUCUCGGCGAUCUUGUUGGAUACGCCAUUCGUUUCGAAGAUUGCACAAGUGACAAAACGGUAAUCAAAUAUAUGACGGAUGGUGUCCUUCUCCGAGAGUCCUUGGCUCAGGCUGAUUUAGAUAAAUACUCAUGCAUCAUCAUGGAUGAAGCACACGAAAGAGCUUUGAAUACGGAUGUCUUGAUGGGUCUUCUCAAAAAGGUUCUUGCUCGACGCAGAGACCUCAAAUUGAUUGUGACAUCGGCGACGAUGAAUUCAGAGCGCUUUUCACGCUUUUACGGUGGAGCCCCGGAAUUCAUCAUCCCCGGCAGAACAUUCCCAGUCGAUCUCCACUUUUCAAGGUCCCCUUGUGAGGACUAUGUCGACAGCGCGGUCAAGCAGGUCUUGACCAUCCAUGUCUCACAAGGUCCCGGCGAUAUUCUUGUUUUCAUGACUGGACAAGAGGACAUUGAAGCAACCUGCGAUCUCAUUGACGAGCGGUUGAACUUGCUCAAUGAUCCGCCAAAGCUCAGUAUAUUGCCCAUUUACAGUCAAAUGCCGGCAGAGCAACAGGCGAGGGUCUUCGAGAGGGCAGAUCCAGGUGUUCGCAAGGUCAUUGUGGCUACCAACAUUGCCGAAACCAGUUUGACUAUCGACGGAAUCAUGUAUGUGGUAGAUUCAGGGUACUCCAAGCUCAAGAUGUACAACCCCAAAAUGGGCAUGGACAAUCUUCAGAUCACCCCCAUAUCCCAAGCCAACGCCAAUCAGCGAUCUGGUCGUGCCGGACGAACUGGCCCCGGAAAGGCUUAUCGCUUGUACACUGAGGCAGCCUACAAGAAUGAGCUUUACAUGCAGACGAUCCCGGAAAUCCAGCGUACAAGUCUUGCCAAUACAGUGCUACUGUUGAAAUCUCUCGGUGUUAAGGACCUCCUCGAUUUUGAUUUCAUGGAUCCUCCUUCCCAAGAAACCAUGUCCACAUCUCUUUUCGAACUUUGGGCCCUUGGAGCCCUAGACAACUUGGGCGAACUCACGCAGCUAGGCCGCCGCAUGACACCGUUCCCUGCCGAUCCCGCACUCGCCAAGCUCAUCAUCAUGGCCGCGGAACUAUAUGACUGCAGCGAGGAAAUGCUCACCAUUGUCUCCAUGCUCACGGUCCCCAAUGUCUUUUACCGCCCCAAGGAGCGCGAAGAGGAGUCUGAGUCCGCCCAUGAGAAGUUUUUCGUGCAUGACUCCGACCAUCUAACUCUCCUCCAUGUGUAUACACAGUGGAAGGCGAACGGCUGUUCCGAUCGCUGGUGCACCAGACAUUUUCUUCAUUCCAAAAAUUUGAGACAGGCCCAGGAGGUUCGUGACCAUGCAUAUGUUCUGGCUUCUACCAUCAAGCGGCGCGACGGGGUAAUACGAAGAGGGGGGGAGUACAUCAACCUUCGCACUGGCGUGACUAUGAAUUUGCACGGGUCAAGCGCCCUGUCUGGGCUUAGCGAUUCUCCCCCAUUCGUUGUCUACCACGAGUUGAGGUUGACAGUGAGAGAGUACAUGUCUGUUGUAACGGCAGUCGAACCAAAAUGGCUUGCCAAGCUCGGCGGCGUCUUCUACUCUAUGAAAGAAAAAGGCUACUCUCACCGUGACCGUCGUAUCACAGAGCGGGAAUUUAAUCAAAGUGUGGCCUUGGAAAAGCAAUUAGAUGAGGAUCGCAGGCAUGCCCAGGCUCAAAAGGCGCGCGAGGAGGAAGAGGAGCGCAACGGCACCUCCCGACGGAAGAAGGAAAUUGAGGUUGGAUCGGUUGCGCGCAAGUCUGCCGUCAUCGGGGGUGGCAAGAGGCAAGUUGGCGUUGUGGCCGCGUCUUCCUCUCCAUCACCCCGACCCGGCGUUGGAAGCAGUGGUUCUGGGGGCAGUGUAGUGAAGAGACCCACAGGACCUAGGAGGCCAAGGCAAUUCUAG